ACGCAUUUCUUUCUUAGCACUACAGCAGCGUAAACUGAAACUUUCUCUCAACGUCGCUAUUCAAAACACCGUGUUCCAACUUCAGUGUGUCCCGUAUAUUCGUGCACACAGGCCUCAGCGCCAUUAGUGCUGUCGCUUUAAAAAUCCGCCAUGCUUGUGUUUAUACGCAUUGUUCUCUUCAAAUGUGCUGUGGAGGUAACGGCAAUGGGCACAUGAUCACGACCUAAGAGAAAGAAGAAAAAAUUGAGGCGAUGUCGGAAUCGACAUUGCCAACUCGACCAAGGCGCAAACAAGCUGUGCCGCUAAAAUAUGAAGGCAGCGGAGACGACUCUGACGAUGACCUGCCGAGUGACAUACUCGACAUUGACUUUACUCCUACGCCAAGAAGUGCCUCAUCAAACAAUUCACAAUCUAGGCAGAAACGUUCUCAAGGUCAAAAAAGGCUGCUCGUUAAGCUCAAGAUUAAAAAGAGUGGCAGCAAAGGAGCUUACGUAGAACGUGCCGACGAUGAGGAUUUCUCACCCAGGGCAGCCAGAGCACAGAAACGUAGAAAAAAGCGAGCUUCUUCCACGAAAAAGUCCUCAACUUACUCCCGGAAAAGCACAAAAUCUAAAACCCAAGCCUCAUCCGCAUCCAAGAGUUACGAGAGCAGCCACACACCGAAAGGCCUGAAGAAACAGAUCGUCUCCUAUGCUCGAGCAAACACGGUUGAUCAAGCAGCAAAGAAGUUCAGAGUGCCAGUACACAAAGUCAAGCACUGGAUGAAAGCUGACCAGAACGUAGCACCCCCAGCCCCAAAGCCCGAAGUAAGAAACACCUGCAGUAUUCCUGACCCGUUUCCGGCCUCUUUCAAGUUGUUCUCCAUUGGUGUGGCUGAAGAAAAAAGUGUCAAAGAAGCCAGCAUGCUUCUUUCAUUGGACGAAAGUCUUAUGGAACAUUGGAUAAAAGGGAAGCUGGAAAUAACCAGGAAAGUAAACUCUGGAAACAUUCCGCAGUGGGAGACGGAUGUGUUUGUUGGUGUCCGAAGAGAUGCACUUGCAGGCCAUGAAUUAAGUGUGUCAGAUCUGAUGUUCAGGGCUGAGUCACUGAAGGUGGACGACACAAAGGUUGACUUGCAGUGGGCACAGCGGUGGUGUGAACGAUUCGGAGUGCUGUUCAAAGGAACUUCCCGCUUAAGUGGGUCAAAGGAGCUAAAUGAGGUAACUCUGCUGCAGUUGCCUCCAGAAAUGACAUGUUUCACACCAUAUGUGAAGCCGUCAGCAAAAGAGACCUCCCCGGCAGCACCUCCAUCACCACCACCCGCAUCGCCACCGCCGUCUCCUCCAACACCUCCACCAGCAACGAGGCAAAGGCGAACGAGGUUUAGGGGUGCCAGUGAGAUUGAUCUAGAGCUGUGGGCUUGGUACAAGAAAAUGCAAAAGAAAGGUAGAAAGCUCACCAAGGCUAUAGUUUGCGCUCGCGCUCAGCGUCUGUUCCAGAAACAUGGUCAUCCUGAGUUCAGAGCAGGCGACGGUUGGCACAGAGCAUGGAAGAGGCGCUGUGAGCAGAUGAAUCCGCAGGACCUCUCUGUUGAUGAAGAGGACGUUGAUGUUGAAGAUGAAUCGAGCACAACUUCACAUGGUCACACUGAGAGCCAAGAUGCGACUAGUGAGAAACCGGAUGGAGCUUUAGCUCCCGCUGAAGAACAAAGCCACGAAAAGCAUCAGCAGCCCGCUGCAACAGACCAACAAGUUGGCAUAGACCAGCAUGUUGCUGCUACUACGAUGUCUGCCGAGCCCCAAGCCAUGGCAGCACAUCACCCGGUUCUUCAUACAGCCAUGCCAGACAGACCAGUUCACGAGCCACCUGCCUCUGAACCUCAUGCUGUUCCUGACACACAUGUAGACUGUACCACUCCAUCAAUUCAAUCGGUGCAUUCUGCAGUGGUGCCAUCUCAUCACAUGCAUCCUGUAACUACAUCAGUGCAACCACCACGAGAAAUGGUCAAUACUCCGAUAACUACGUCACCGCAACCAACUCGAGGAAUGGUUCACGCCGCGCAGCAGCUAAGCCCACAUCUGUUGCCACCUGCCCUAGACAGAAGUAGUGGUCAUGGCGCGACACUCUGUAAUCCCCAUUAUACUCCAUUGUGUGGCCAAUCGCAGCAGCAUGGGCAGCAUGCAGGUCCACCAUAUCCAACCCCAGACAUGGGAUUGGACUCCCAGCGCCUUUCACGCCCAUUCUACCAACUUCAUCAAAUGACGCCGCCGCCUGUCCAGAAUAGUCACAUGUUUUAUGGCUCAUACUGGACGGACCAGACUCACAUGAGAGGUAACGAAACACACAAGAAUGAUAACAGGCAACCAGUUGCUCCUCCGUUUUAUGACAGCUAUGUCAACUACGACCAUGGCAUGACGCCUGCAUGUACCUUAGAAGUGUCUAACCAACCCUACACAGACUACGGACAGUCAUCAUCAGCUCCUCCUGCUGCAGAGAGUAGUAACAGCAACAGCAGCAGUGCUGCUGCUGCUGCUGCUGCAGCACAGAAGAAGAAAAAUGAGCGAUACCUUCCAGACUUUAAGCUCCAGGUCGUUAAGUAUGCCUUGCAGUCAACCUUUAAGAAGACUGCUGAGCACUUUGGGGUUCACCAUUCAACGGUGGCUGAAUGGUGCCGGGAUCGAGAGAAGCUGGAGCGGCUUUUCCCACAUGAGAAGGGCAGCCUUGUUAAAAGUACAGAGACUGCCACCGUUUCUCCCGCAGAGCAGAUGUUUGUAACCUGGCUUACUGAUUGUAAUGCAACAAAUGCAAAGCUAGAUGCUGCUCAAGUCAAGGACAAGGUAAAAGAAAUCAUUCGAUACUUUGGAGAAGACCAAGUUAAAACAAACUGCCGGUGGUUGUAUGUGUGGCACAAGAAGCGACUCGAAAUGGAGCAAAUGAUUGAAGACCUUCCCGAGCUGCAGUCCAGCUCGGGGAAAGAAUUCCGCAUUGCAUUUCCUCCUGCUGUCAAGCUAGAAAUUGUAAAGGUAGCUGAAAGGUUAAAGUUCAGUGAGGCCUCAAAGUACUUCCAGAUUGACCGAAACAGUCUGUCAGACUGGAGCAAAACUCAGGAUAAGCUUAAGGCUAUGGUCAAAGAAGGCAAAGUGCGAAAAAAAGAGGUCUCAAAAAGUAAGAAGGCUUUGGAGGCUGAAAAGGAGGUUUAUCAGUGGUACCAGCAAUGCAGAAGUAGUGGUUUCAAGCCAGGACCUAACGAAGUCCGUGCCAAAGCAGCAGAGACUUACCGCAAGUAUGGUGACACCACAAUGAAAUGCAGUAUUGGCUGGUACUCGAGAUGGUCUCGACGUUUUGGCAUACAGCUGCGAUACGAAAAAGAUGAUGAAAUUCUCGAGUGGGUCUUGGCGCAACUAGAGCAAAAUCGCAGUGUUACUCACAAUGAGAUCCAGACGCAAGCUAUAGCGACUUUAUCUCAGACAAGAGCAGGUUUCAAGUGCUCUGCAGGUUGGCCCAUUCGAUUUUGCAAGAGGCAUCAGGCACUCUUGCAGAAGAUGCCUACCUUGGACACCCCACUGCCAGCAGUUCUCGAGGAGAAGAUAUCCUCUUUCCGGCUGGAAGUUCAGAGGUUACAGGAGCAGUGUGGCGUGACCAGUGCAGCUAUCGGUGCCAUGGAUGAAGUGCCUCUGUAUUUCUCAUCUGGUGCAGGUGGCGGUACAGGCACAGGUUCGCUGCUUGUUCGCCGCUGUGGUUUUGAACAGUCGCAGGCUAUUGUGUUUCUGGCCUGUCUCUCCGAUGGCGGUGUCUUACCACCUCUCGCUGUGCUUAAGGGUUCAAGCAGUGUCUCGGAAGUAAAUGGCAUGUUUGUCCUUUGCCAGGAAGAAAUGAAAGUUGAUCGAAACACUGUUGAAUACUGGGCAGAGCGUGUCUGGGGCCGGUUUGUGCCAUCGCCGAGCUUCCUUAUUUUGGAUUCAUUUGAGCCGCACAAGCAGUUUGCUGCUUCAGCUGGUAGUGACAUCAAGGUGGCCAUAACACCACCGGCCUGCUCCUCACAGACUCAUCCUGUUGUUGUUUGGUUGCGAAGAAAGUUUCAGGCCCUUGUCAACAAGAUGUCAGUUGACAGGGGCUCCUCUAGAAGCAUACCAACAGUCCAGGAAAUGCUGGAGUGCAUUGCUGCAGCUUGGCGUCAUUUGCAAGCAACAAGCCACGAUGCAGUGCAGAAAAGCUUUGCAGUUACUGGUGCUCUUCUCACAGGAGAUCCCGACGAAGAUGACAUGAUUGGUAGAGCAGAGCUUUUGCCUGAUGUGGAUGAGGAAGAUUUUACGUAAUUUUAGACACUGGUGACAAGCUGUCAUUUUGGACUUGAUGCAGUUGGCAUUGGUUAAUUCAUCGACUGUGGGACGUACACAACUGGUUAGAUACCUGAAGGACCAAGGGAAUUCUUUGAAGUACCCAUGCUUAGGUCAUCAGUGCUUACCUUAGGAAACAUGUUUUGUGCAAUCUUGCUAGACUAAGAUGCACUCUUUUGCAUUCUUAGUUUUCUCUUAUGAGGGGAACUGCUUCCCUGCAAGCCCAUUUUGCAUUUCUGUGUCAGUGCAGAUACGAUGAAAACGUUGUAGUUAGUCACAAACAAAUGGCAUAUUCACGUGGUCAUUUUAGAGCGCUCUGGCAGCGCUACAAAGGUAAUUUAAAAAGGCAGCAAAGCGCUACUGCUUGAAUAAGCAAGCUCCACAGAUAAUAAUGAAGGCAGCUUUUCACUACCUUACCCGGUUAUUCUCAUAAUACAGCUUUGAAGCUGUUCUUGACCACUUUCGUAAGACGGCCAAAGAAUUCUCAAAACAACCACUCGAAUAUGUCAUAAGAAUGCAGUGGAAGCUUCUCCUACAAGAGUGUGCUGUGCCUCCUUUGCAUUUAUCCCCAUCUUGAAAGGUGCCUCUGUGCUACUACAGUAAAUUAGAAACUCAUCGCACUCACACACGCACAGUUGGGAAGGCCGUAACGGGCAGUGCAAAUGGGAGGAGAACUUACCGCAUAAACGCACACAAGAAAUGCAGAGAACCACUGCUGUGGUGGGUGAAGCCAGCAAAGAUACGCAUACUGGGACAUACCACCAGGAUGGUAUGUGCACUUGCUAUCGAGCAGGCAACAAAAACAUGCACACAUGUUGGCAGCUUUAAUUGGCACGCACGGUGUCUUGAAAGCACUGUCCUUACUCAGCAGCGUACUGCAGAUGCAUGUCUGUAGAGGGGAAGGGCACUGAGGCGACACAGUACGUAGUAGUGAUGAGAGAACACAAAUGCACUCACAUGCAAAUGAUUGAUGAUUGGCCAAUAUGUGAUAGGUCAACAUAUGAACACAUACGUUACGAGAGAACCCAUCAGUGGCCGUGAUGUACUGGUGCUUGUAUAUAGAUUUCCUUUGAGAUGUGGUUGUCGGUGCAUCCUUGACCUGCCAUUAACCCUUUGCGGUCACUGGCCAGACCCCUCCCAACACGCGAAAAUAUUAGUUCUGGUCAUAUGUCAGGGAGUGACCAACAUAUAAGCGCACUUGCGUGUGCUGGUAUUUUUUCUUUGCGUUUGUUGUAGCCCCGUUCGGAAACUUAUUAAACAUUGAACUAUUCAUGAUUGCAUUUCCCAGUGUUAAAGGGAAACUCCACCUAGUGGAUUUCCGCUGAACUAUUACGUCAUACAUUUCCCAGUGUCUGCGUUCGAGGGCAGCACGUUUUUAACAGUACUUGUGAAGGAGUGCAUACAUACUUUUUGUGGUGCAGAACACCAAAGAUAGCGUUGUUUUCUCUGCAUGUGUUUUAUGGAAGGAAUUAAUACCCCCACACCUGACAUGAUGAGUUUGGUGAAUCUGAAGAAGAUUUUAGUUUCGAAGAGAAAUAUAUGCCACUUUCAGAUGACCAGCCAACGCCCUCGAAUGAGAGCACUGAAUAAAAAAGCAAUGAUGAGGACCAUAGAAAAAAUUUAAUCUGUGGUGAUUACUCACUACAUGAUGCUGGCUGGAAAGUGUACAGUGUACAAGAACCUCAGGAAUAAGGAAAGUUUUUCUUAAAUAAUUCACUUACUAUGUGUUUGUUCACACAAGAGCUCGUUCUGCAUGAAGUCCAAAACAUGCAAUAUAGUUCCUCACAAGAACUGCUAAGUGGGUAAAUGCUCAUGAUCGCAAAGGGUUACCUCUACAGAAAGCUUGGAAACAUGAGAUUUCAAGUCAAGAAGAUGUUGUUACCCACUCAGCGUUGAAGUUGUGCAAUGGGCAUCUGUUGACACUGCAUUUGUUCCAGGCAUAAUUGCUCUGGUCUGCUUUGUCUUGCAAAUACACUCACUUUGUAAAUCUCAAAAACCGCAAAGACAAACUUUGGCUGUCUAUAUAUUCAUAAUGAACAGCGCAGCCAUCUGCUGUGUGUUUUGUCUGUUUGAAAUGAACCACAAACUGAUAUUCCAAGGCCUAACUGGGAAGCUUGCUUUUUUUUUUUCCUUCGUCGAAAUGUAUAAAUACUCAUUUAAUGAAGCACAUUUAAUUAAUGAAAAGUUUUACUGCACAUUCACAUGAAGAUACCCGACAUAUUUAGCAGUAAUGCAUUAUUAAUGCAAGUAUGCAGGGUUGUUUUGAAUAAACCUGCAUUCUUUGUAAUUGCCAAAUCGCAGCACCAUUUUGCUAACAAGAAUCACACAAGGUAUAAAUGUUUAUGCUAUGUCACUAUAAUGUACUCUUAUGUGCUGAUUAUUUCAUUAAUUUAUUAUCAUUGUUACUACUAACAUCUCUCGGUGCAUAAUUUUUUUCAUCAUUUACCAUUCAAUUGCACAACCAGCAGCCAAAUUUGGCCAUGUUUAGUUAUUUUCUUGAGCUCUAUGUAAAUAAACAAUACCCAAGUAAGAUCAAGUUGUAAUGAGUGAAUUGUGCAAACUGUAUGAACUCAAUCUCGUACCAUAUAGAAGCAUUUUACAUUGAGUUACCGAAGUGAAAACUAGGGCUUGCUUGUAUAGUAUUGGAAACAAACACAAUGUGUGUAAAAUGUGAAAGCAUUGUAUUCAAGUGCCACAUGUGUUCACUCUCCACUCUGUUUUUACUACACCUGCUUGGAUAACUUGGGAUCAGCACCAAGACUCUGUAUAUACGACCCUCAGGAUCAAACUGCUUUGUUAUUUAUAUUAUCCCUACAUGAUUUCGCUGUUUUGUGGCAGUGAUUAAAUAUAUUUUGUACUGACCAA